AUGGCAAACCCAAUCGAGUACGCCACUCCAGUUUCGUUCACCAAGAGCUGGCACACCGAGCCCUAUCCGUUCAUCUCCCCGUCGCGACCGGAACUGUCCGCCGAGGGUAAGAACGUGGUCGUACUCGGUGGCAGCGCAGGAAUCGGCAAUGCGAUAUCCGUUGCAUUCGCGCAAGCAGGACCCCAGUCGGUCGCCAUCGUAGGCCGACGCCCGGAGAAGCUCCAGGAAGCAGCCGAGAAAGUAAAUACUGCAGCGGAGGACAAGGUCACCGAAGUGCUUGUCGAAUCUGCCGAUCUGCAAGACCGCGCUCAGGUCGACCAAGCAUACCAGUCCAUCGUAGAGAAGGUGGGCAAAAUAGAUAUCCUAGUGAUCAAUGCCGUGUUGCUCCCUGCGCCCGGAGGACUCACAAAUCACAAGCCUGGGGAGCUCGUCCGUGCCGUUGAAAGUAACCUCUGGAUGGUCAUGAAUGCGUUCCAGGCCUUCUUGCCCUUCGCAGGGCCAGAGCCAAUCGUCCUCUACACGUCCACCUGUCUGGCCAACAUCGCACCUACCCCGGGCCUUGCGGCUUACUCAAUCAGCAAGGCUACGUGUCUGAAGACGAUGGACUAUUUUGCCAUGGAGAACCCGCAUGUGCAUGUGGUCAGUAUACAGCCAGGCUGGGUGGCAACUGACUCCAAUGGACAUCAGGAAGAAGCUCCUGACAAAGCUGAGCUGCCGGGCCAGUUCUAUGUCUGGCUCGCGUCUCCCGAGGCCAAGUUCCUGAAAGGAAAAUUUGUUUGGGCCAACUGGGAUGCACAGGAGCUGGUGGAGAGAGCGAGCGAGAUUCAGUCAACAAAGCUGCUAAACUGGGUCGUGGAGGGCGUGCCUAUGUGA